AUGGUCGCCGACGCCGUCAUCUACCAUCCUUCCGUCGCACACUACCUCAAGUUCGUCGCCACGACUGUCGGUCGCGACAAGCUCCUCCGCACUCUCCAGUACUUCGCCCGUUUCUACGCCUGGUACUUGUUUCGCACCAAUGGCUCCAAAACUGAGAUCGCUCCUUGGGAUGCCAUCAAGAAGCAAUUUGGCCUCACCCGCAAAAUCAUGCGCGUAGGCAAAAACGUCGAGCACUUCAAAGCUGCCGCCGUUGCUUCCGAUGCCAAAACUAUGGACCCUGUCCUCCGCUACGCCGCUGUCGGUCGCCAGCUUGGCUAUGCCGGCUAUCUGACCUUCGAUGCCGCCACCGUUUUGGACGCGGCUGGGAUUAGGAAAUGGGAGGGUGCCAAGAAGCUUCAAAAGGAGGCCUAUCGCUGCUGGGCCAUUGGUCUGAUCUGCAGUGUCAUUGCUCAAUCCUAUACCCUUUACCGUCUUCAGCAGCGGGAGGCCAAGGUCGAUAAGAAGGAAGGUGAAGGUGUUGUUGAGGCAAAGAGAAUAGCCAUUGAACGCGCUGGUAGCCGCCUCCAGCUCCUUUCUGACCUCUGCGACUUGACCGUCCCCACCUCCGCCUUGGCGUGGGCCAAUUUUGACGAUGGCAUUGUUGGUCUCGCUGGCACCGUAAGCAGUUUGAUUGGUGUAUACACCCAGUGGAAGAAGACGGCGUAA